GAGUCUGAAAAGCUUUUCUUGGAAAAAUAUCAGAUGCUCCACUGGGAACUUAGUUGAAAGAUACUCCUAAAGCAACAGAGUGGACUGGCAGUGGAUAUGGGAGUACUGAUUGGAAGGAAAAGCAGAAAGUAGGAAGCAGUGAUAUUUGCUGAAUGCUGGAAAUAACUCUUUGAAUUUAAAUUCUGUGCAAACUUUCAGAGCGUACCAUAAUUGUACAAGACCUCUUCUAGGCAUCUUUUUAAUGCAAGCAGCACAGAGAGAGAGUGUUUUUCACUGGAGACUGGACACAGGAAUGCAGGUUUUGGCUGAUUCCACACUUCCUGCUAAGCUCUGUGCUGGUGUGAAGCUUCCUCUCUGUUGAACUGUAACGUUGGAGUGACUUGCUUCAAACUUCAAUCACUCAAGAUCCUCUGCUCAACAGAGGACAAGAGCACAACCUAUAGUCAGAAUUCCCCAUUACUUGCUGUAGAAUCUGAAAUUCUUUAUUUCUGACAAUAAAAGCUUUGUAAGACUGUACAGAGCCCACAGGAUCAAAUUGUCAUCUUUGCUGCCUUCCAUUUCAGGUGGCUUUUGUCAUCACAGAAGCAGAGCAAAAAUGAUCAACAAUUUCUUUGUCUAGUGCCCAAUCCCUCCCCCCUCCACUCCAAUCAUUUCUUUCUGCCAUGUGAACAGUGCCCACCAUCCUCUCAGAAGUGCCAUCACUUCUGAUUCUGUAUAGGCCAAACUGUAGAGAAAUCACUGAAACACCACAGCUUUAAGAUAACUUUUUUGGUUAACCUUUCUGAGUUAUUUUUAACUCAGAUCAUGGAGGUAAAAUCUCACAAAAUAACAGGCAGUGAAACACAGCCAUGCAUGCCUGCACAGACCUUUGUUUUAGGGAGAUCCCCACUGCAGGAUUAACUCUGCAUUGCCCCUAGCUGCUGUCGAAUGAGAGAUGGUCCUCCCUUGCCAUCAACCUGUGCACCCAGCACCUAGAGAAGCCUGGGCCAGCAUUUGGUCCUGUAGCUAAGGUGCACUAGAAGAACCAGUGGCCACUGGCAGCUUUUUGCAGGCACUAUGAACAGAGAUUUCCCUGAGCAUUUUCCCAGUUGUGGUAAUAAUUUGGAACACAGCUAUUGAGCUGCUUCCCUUGUUUGCAGAGAGGAAUGGAGCCCCGCGUUAUGGACAGGACCCCGUACAGACGGAGCUGGUGGAUUGGGCCUCGCUCAGGGUCUCGCCGAGAUCUCCCAGCUGUCGGACAGGGCCCGUCAACACCAGCUCCGCGUCCCCCAGCGCUGCCAGUGGGAGGGAGGAACCGCGGGGCUGCUCGACCCCACUCGGUGCGGCGGGCGCGGGGCAGGGUGGCUGGGCUGGCGCCCGACGGCAUCUCCGUGCCCGCAGUCCCGCUCGUGGGCCCUGUCCGCAUCGCUCCGCACAAGCCCGGCCCCGUCCGGGCGCGGGCGAACCCGGUGUCCCAUCAGGGCGCGGGCGGGUCGCGCCGCUCCCCGCCAUGUCCCUCCCGCCGCAGCCCUGCCGUCCACUACUUAAAGCGGCGGGAAGCGUAUGCCGCGCCGCUCGCGUCCUGUCCGUGUUUCCCCACAGAAGAUGGCCCCGACGUGCCCACGGUCCCUGCUGAGGUACCGCUCCUUCGCUAUCCUCUUGUUCGCACCGCUGCUGCUGCUGCCGCUGCCGAUAACUGUGCCCACGCGGGAAGCCAAAUGUGCGUAUAUCAUCAUCAUCAUGGCUGUCUACUGGUGCACUGAAGUUAUCCCACUGGCUGUUACUUCCCUAAUGCCAGUGGUAUUUUUCCCUCUGCUCGGAGUUCAGAGCUCUAAAUCAGUGUGCUUGCAGUAUCUAAAUGACACAAAUAUGCUCUUUGUUGGAGGGCUGAUUGUUGCAAUUUCUGUUGAACGGUGGAAUCUUCACAAAAGGAUUGCACUGAGAGUCCUGCUGAUGCUUGGGGUGAAGCCUGCACUCCUCAUGCUGGGGUUUAUGAUAGUCACUGCCUUCCUGUCCAUGUGGAUAAGUAACACAGCUACCACUGCUAUGAUGGUUCCCAUUGUUCAGGCUGUCCUGGAUCAAAUGGACAACACAGAGAAUGAUGUGACCAUGAUGGAGCAAGCAACUGGCCAAACAAAUACAGUGAUUGAGCUGGAGGAAAAGAAUGCAUCAGAUCCCACUCCAGUGCAGGUCAUAAGCAACGGACAAGUUCCUGAUGGCACCAGAUCUUCUGAGGAAAAGAAAAUGAAGAAACGUAUAUGUAAGGGAAUGACACUGUGUGUGUGCUAUGCUGCUAGCAUUGGAGGAACUGCAACACUGACUGGAACAGGGCCAAACAUGGUAUUGAAAGGCCAGAUGAAUCAGUUAUUCCCCAACAAUAAUGAUGUUGUGAAUUUUGCUUCCUGGUUUGGGUUUGCCUUCCCAAAUAUGAUUCUGAUGUUGGUAUUAGCUUGGCUUUGGCUCCAGUGCUCUUUCAUGGGAUUCAACUUUAAAAAAAGCUGGGGAUGUGGGACAGUGAGAACUGCUAAAGAAAAAGCUGCAUACAACGUGCUGAAAGCAGAAAUGAAGAAAUUAGGCCCUAUCUCUUAUGCUGAAUUCAAUGUCCUCAUAAUGUUUGCUCUGCUGGUUCUCUUGUGGUUUUCCAGACACCCCGGCUUUGUAAAAGGCUGGGCUAGCAGGCUCUUCCCAGAAGGAGAAAAAUAUAUCACUGAUUCUGCUCCUGCUGUGUUUAUUGCCCUGCUACUGUUUAUCCUUCCUGCUAAUAAACCCAAAUUCAUAGGCUGGAAUUCAAGCAUGUCUGACACUGAACAGACUGAAGAAGAUAUUAAAAAGCCAUUUUUAUCAGCCCCACUGCUAGAAUGGAAUGUGGUUCAGAGGAAGAUGCCCUGGAGCAUUGUGCUGCUGCUGGGAGGAGGUUUUGCUUUGGCUGAUGCAAGUGCAAACUCUGGACUCUCAGCUUGGCUGGGUCAUCAGAUGACUCCAUUAGGAUCUAUUCCACCCUGGUCCAUUGCAACGGUACUUUCCCUUAUUAUAGCUGUCUUCACUGAAUGCACCAGUAAUGUUGCCACAGCCACCCUCUUCCUACCUGUCUUUUCAUCCAUGGCCACAUCUGUCAAGAUCCACCCUUUGUACGUUAUGCUGCCGGGUACUCUGAGCGCUUCAUUUGCCUUCAUGCUGCCUGUUGCAACACCUCCAAAUGCAAUAGUGUUUUCCUAUGGCCAUAUCCGGGUUUUGGACAUGGUUAGGUCUGGAAUAGUAAUGAAUAUCAUUGGAGUCUUCUGUAUCACACUGGCAAUCAACACAUGGGGAAGACCUAUAUUUGAGCUGGACACAUUCCCAACGUGGGCAAACAGCACAACUAAUCAGUGAGCAAUGAAGAACAAUGAAGAAUUCAUAUGUUAUACAAGGAAAGACCCCUUAAUCCUACUCCCUAUUGCCUGAAGCAAUAUAUAGAGCCUUGUUGCUGUUUCAGAUCCAGUGUUAGGUGCUACCUUCUGGGAGUCACGCAUCAGAUCAAGUAUGAACAAACUCAUUACAGUCUUGCUGGAGACAAAUGUGCUGUUUAAUUAUGCAACCCUAAGGAUGGUAUGUUUGGAUCAUAAGUAUGAUCAAGUGAUUCACUGCAUUUUCAACCAAGGUCAAGAUUUAGAAUUUAUCUAAUUUUAUUUAAUAAAGAGUGAGUAAGCUGUUGUAUCAAAUAGUUUGGACUAUUUUAUCACUGGUAUGUUCUUGUAAAUCAUUGUCACUGGACCCAGUUAAGAGCUGACAAUUCAUUAACUGCUACAGAUAUCAACAAGUCAGCAGCUGAACAGAAAUUCCUGAUGUCACUUAUUUAGUGUAAAGUUUGUAAUAUUUUAGUCUGGACUCAGACUUCUGGCAGACUCUUUCCAAGUCAACAUGCAAAUAUUUUUCAUUACCUUGUCAUGACUAAAGUUUUGUUUCUGGAUUUGCUGUACAACCUCAAGCAAGUCAGUUUACCUCUUUUUGUCUGUUUCCCAUUCUGAAAAGAUGAUACAGUACUUAUCUACCUCAUAGGAUGUUGUGAAGAAAUAAGGGUGAACUUCAAAGGUAGUUUUCCACCAUGAGGGGGGGAAAAAAAAAAAAGCAGCAUCUGGCCUCUAGCACUGUAAUGUGUGUAGAAUAUUCAACAGUUUUGCUGUUGUUAUUAACAUGAAUGUUCUUUACAUAACUGUAAAAAUAUUCAUGUUUUGUCUUUAAAAGUGAGUCAAGUAUAUAUUCACAAGAUCACUAGAUGCUCUUCUGAGCAGAAAACUUCAGUAAUGAUUUUCGUUUCUUGCUUUUGUCUUCUAUGGUCUUUCAAGGUGCUGGACACUAUAAACUCUCCACUGACCACUGUUCUUGGUACCUCCAACAGCUCUGUUCCAGCUGGCUGCAUAUGGUGCAGCCUCAUACCUCUUCCAUGGAAUGCUGGGACAUGUGGAUAAACACUUGCAAAGUUUGUCUAAGCAAAAGAGCGGAUCUAGUGCCAAGAAAUGGCUUGGUCACAAGUAUUGGUCACCACCACCUAAAGGUUAUCACAGUCUUCAUUUAAAGUAUAGCCAGAACCAACUAAGCACCUUCUGUGCUUUGGAAAUCAUUACUUAAUGCCAACUUGCAACUAGGUAUCUACAGUUGCACCUGAGAAAGUGACUUGUUUUGCUGAUAGUCCUCAUAAUACAAAGACAUUUCAUCACUGCAAGAAACUUCAUAGUGUUCAUCUUCACUCUUGCAACAAUGGUCCUUGUGUGGACCAUUGUGUAACAUUGAGCUUGUCUGUCUCAAUUUAUAUUGACCCAGAUUCCUCCAAAAAUGGUUUCAGAUUGAAGGUGUAGGACAGGUAUUUCCCCUCCUUUUUACAGAAAGGAAUGUUCUGAAAGUAUUUUGAAGAGGAGAAAGUGUCCUCCUCUCAGCUAGGGAAGAGCUUUCUUCUGUUGUUGUGCAAGUAGAAAACAAAUGUGUUGUUUUCAGCAAUGGUUACAGUGGGUGAGUUACUGACAGAAGUGCCAGAUCAGGGAGGAAAGUACUUAUGGUAAAUUAAAGAAAGAACUCUGACUUUAUUAUAAAUGUGGUACACUUGAUGUGUCACCUUGUUGCCUUUCUGAUCUCAAGUAUUUCCCUCUGAGACAUCCUUAUGACAUCUUAUAAAUGAUGGAUAUUCAAUUUAAAUGGCAAAUUGCAGAAUUAGAGUCAGGCAACUAAAAUAUUGCUAGGACUGUCUUCUAUCUGGCACAGAUUUUCUCCUGUCUGACACAGCAGACCACCUGUUUCUGCAUUACCUUCCACUGUAGUAUAGUAUUGCUCCAGUAAGGUCCACAGUGGUACACACCAUAGAAAAUAAGUGCAAAGCAGAGAUUUCAACACUGCUUUAACUAUCUUCAGACCUACGAAUCAGUGCUUCCUUUCAUCAACUAAUUGAUAACCUGAGUUUCCACCUUUGAAAACGCUCAGGCAGAACCAAAGUAUACACUGCAAGAUAGGAAUCUAAGAAACACAGCAGUUUUUAAAGAAAUAUACUUGCACAAAGUCUACAGAAUAAUGGGCGCAAACACAUUUUUCUUCAGUAUCAAGCAUGCAUGUCGUCCUGCUCCUGUGCCUGAGUAAAUAAAUGUGUUAUUUACAAUAGGUAACACAAAGACAAUUGCUUUGUCACUGGAGGUAGGUUACAUUCGUCUUCCAGCACUACAGGAUAAGUAUCAUUAGACUUCCUCAUCUUACAUGGCAGUUAUUUUUCUUCUAAUCAAAGUCUUUCAGCUUUACGUACAAGUUGUCUUUAGAUGGUAGCAUAAAAUAAUCCCUUUUCCUCCAACUUCAAAGCAUUGACCACCAAAGCACAAAGAAAGCAUGGGAGGAUCUUAGUGUGGACUUAACUUAGUACAGGUUAGUCAGCCAUACUGAACCAGCAAAUACUUCCUGUUUUAUCAUGUGUGAUGUGACAAAACUACAGCGCUGGAUAUUUGGAGGUCAUUUGGAAAGUCAUUUGCUGUAAGAUGAUUAAAAAACAAUGUAUUUGGCAGCUUUUUAAAAAUAGAUUUGAAUAGAGGAAAAAUAUUUUCUUGUCCAUAUAGGUGUCAUUGUUUGUUUGUUUUCCUGUGGCACUGUGUCAACUGCACGUCAGUUACAGCGUAAGUGUAGAUUGUCUGUUUUGAUCAUAAGAAAGAGGCCAUUCCUCCUGUAAGAAAAAAAAAGUUAUCCUUUCUGUGUUUAUUUACCCAAAUUAAAUUAUUCUGGUCUUUUUCAGCAUGCAUCUUCUCAACGAGUUUUCAUACUCAUCCAGGUCAGAAUAUGAGCCUCUUAAGACAUUAGUUUAUUGAUGAGCCAAACAUUAUUUUAUAGCCAGUCCAUACCAUUGACAGAACUGAGUGUACCAGAUACCAGAACAGCCAACAUGUGUGAAUGAUUCUUUGUGAACAAUAAUGUGGGUUGGGUCUUCACAAAUAUUUUGGCAAGCAAGUUGAAUACCAAGUUUUCCAUCAGAAAUAAAAUUAAUACUAUUUUUCAA